UAAAGAGAGGUGCAUGAGUAUGGGAUCAACAUUAUGAGAUUUUGACACUUGUCAAUAAGGUGACUAGGACACUCGCGUCAGUUUACAAGUUUUAUAGCAAGAUGAUAAAGCUUAGAUUGAGAUAGGGAUUUUACUUUUCUUUUUGUAAAUUUGUCAUCUAGUUUUAAGAAUGAAUGAAAAAGGACCUAUUUCCAACGUUACCACAUUUGAGUCGUAUAACAUUGGACACGUACAUUUCAAUACUUAUUUUUGUUGUUGUAGACACGUUUCAAUUUUAAGACAAAACAAAACAUCAAGAAAAGGUUGGAAACAGAAGUCACCAAUAUGUCGGAAGUCAAAUAACAAAUCUUUGUCGGUCUAACAAAACUCAUAAACUUCCCCUAACUCUUCGGAUCUCUCUAGAUCCUUGUUUUUCGUUGCUUUUUCUUUUUCUUCUCUCUUUUUUUUUUCAUUUUAGAAAACAGAGUAUACAAUAGAAAACACAACGUGUAUUUCUUCUCUCUGUGUUCCCAUACACAAAAUCUUCCAGCUUCUGUUCUCCGUUUUGUUUAACGGAGUUACAAGGCGGAAGAACCCGCUUUCUUCGGCCGGAAAGACCAAAGAUAUGGGAACCGGUGGAAUAACGUUCAACGCUCACGUGGUCUCCGACACAUGGCAUCACAAGCACGUGCCUUCUGUGGCCGACGACUCUGUUCUUCAGAGAGACAUCAGAGAGCUUCUUUCGCGUUGGGGCGGGCUUCAAAUGGCCGUGAAGAACCAAUGGGGAGGCCAUGAUUCUCUCAAGAAAUCUCAAGAGCUAGCUCACCAUCUAUUUCAUCUCUUCUCUCAAUCAAACGUGAUUACGGUGGAAGAAAUAGAGAAUUUGCUACAUGAAAGCUUGCUUCUCUCUUUCAACACAGAGAUCGAAGAUGGCAGCAUUGAAGAGAGAAUCUGGAAAAUUGGGUGGAGAAGAAAUGUUAUUCAUCAGUCAUCAUAGAAUAUAUGAAUCAAAGAUCUAUGUUUAUUUGAUGUAAUCAUUUGUAUUUGUGAUUAACAGUUUUUCCUAAUGUAAUCUCAUAUUAACCGGUAAGACACUCCAUCAUGAUUGUGGGUA